GGCACGUGCAUUAUCAGUGAUCAGUCAGCUCUCCAAAAGCGACAAUACGAACUUUUGCAUCUAAUCAGCCAUCAUUGUGUCUACUACUUCUCGCAAAAUCUCUGCUGCGCUGAACAAUUACUAGGUCCUUUAAUAUCUUGCUAUUUUGAUUAUUAAUUUCACUCACUGUCACAUCCCUUGUUCAGGUUUCUUAGCACUCAAUAGAAGAUCGUACCUGAAGCCCGUCUGCAACCCCACCAUGCCACCUUACUCGGGUCUUCAGAGGCAACAAAUAGCUCAGUUUAUGAACUUUACACAAGCCAAGGAUGCAGUAGCAGCCAAGUUCUUAAAAGCAUCUAGGUGGAAUGUCGAAGAAGCAAUUGAUGCGUAUUUCCAGAGCCCCCAGGGGGCAGGAGGCGCCACCUCCUCCAUCAACAAGAUAUUCGACAGCUAUCGAGACUCCCCGGAUGACAACCCCGACAGCAUCGGCAUUGAAGGGGCGAUGAAAUUUCUCGGCGAUAUCGAAGUGGAACUAGACGAAGUGACAUGUCUCGGCAUCGCAGAACUUCUGAAAUCACCAUCGAUGGGCGAGUUUAGUCGAGAGGGAUUUCUGAAUGGCUGGAGGGCUGUCGGAUGUGACUCCAUCGACAAAAUGGUCGCCCAUGCUGACAAUCUUCGAUCGCGGAUCCCUACGCAGCCAGAUCUCUUCCGUCGUGUGUACCGCUAUACCUUCCCUCUCUGCCGGAUGCAGGGCCAGCGGAACCUCCAAUUUGAGAUUGCAGCCGAACAGUGGAAAUUAUUCUUUACGCCGGACAAGGGCGGAGUCCAGUGGGAGACGGAGACGACUCCAUGGUUAGACUGGUGGAUUGAAUUUAUGGAGGAGCGCGGAAAGAAACCCGUUAACAAGGAUCUGUGGGAACAGGUUGAGGUCUUUAUGCGGAAGACUCUUGACGAUGAGCGGUUUGGGUGGUGGAGUGCGGAUGGUGCAUGGCCUGGGGCACUUGAUGAUUUUGUAGCCUGGGUGCAGAAGAAGAGAGGGGAUAAUAUGGAGGUGGAGUGAUGGUUGCUGGUGGAUCGUUAAUGGGAGUGGGUGCUUAAAUGUACCCUGGAAUAGGAAUAUUCUACUUUUAGCAGCUCUCCACAUCCAGUCAACUAUAUCGGGCUCUACGCCUCUUUCAACCAACAAGUCUGAGGAACAUUCGCAAACUAUUUGCAGGAGAAGCUCAUAAUUCU